CACCACAGCAAACUUUGAACAAGGAUUUGAGUGAUUUUUCUUCAACAGCUGGCUAUACGAUGAAGAAGAAGUUGAUCAUUGAUGUGGACACAGGGGUAGAUGAUGCUCAGGCCAUCAUGGUGGCCCUGACAGACCCCAAUGUGGAGAUUUUGGGGAUCACCUGCUGCAAUGGCAACACACCCGUGGAGAACGUCCUCAAGAACACACUAAGAGUCCUGAAAGCGUGCAACCGACUGGAUAUCCCAGUGUACCGCGGCUGUACAGAACCCCUGCUGGGCCGCAAAGUCCACGCUGGAGAUUUCCAUGGGAAGGAUGGGAUGGGUGAUGUGCCAGAUGCAGACGCUCCAGGCCUGGAGCUGCUGCAGGAGGAAAAAGCUGUGCAGGCCAUGAUCAAAAUGAUCAGUGAAAACCCUGGAGAGGUGAGUCUGGUUGCCACGGCACCCCUCACUAAUCUGGCCCUCGCUGUCAAACUGGAGCCCUCCCUCCCUGAGAAACUAAAGGCGCUCUAUAUUAUGGGAGGAAACUGUGAAUCCAGAGGUAACACCACAGUAUGCGGAGAGUUUAACUUUGUGGCUGACCCAGAGGCGGCCCACAUCGUGUUGAACUACUACACUUGUCCCACUUACAUCGCCACCUGGGAGUUUAGCUGCAGGAACUGCCUGCCAUGGUCUUUCUGUGACACUUGGCUGGCUCAAGACACAGAUAAGGCUCGUUUCAUGGAGAAGAUUUCCAGGUACACCAGGAAGAUGGUCCAGACAGAGCGGUAUCAAAAGGAGCUGGUGGCAGGAAGUGGGUUCAACCCCUGUGACACCUACGCUUUGGCUGCUGCAAUCGAUGACACUCUGGUGACAGAAAGCGAGCAGGUUGCAGUGUCAGUGGAGUUAAAGGGAACAUACACCCGAGGCAUGAUGGUGCUUGAUUACUUGGACCUGCUGAAUAAGAAACACAAGGCCUUCAUCAUGAAGAAGAUAGAUGUGGAGAAGUUUAAAAAAAUGUUGAUGGAUGCACUACAGUAGCUUCUCUGAGCCACAGUGUUAUACUUUUUGUAAUAUAAAAUUCAUACUACUUUAUACUUAUUAUU